AUGGCUGUCGAGGGCACCACUCCCGUGUCGCCCAUUCCUAUCCCGGAGCUGACCAAGAUCACCAAUGAUGCCUGCGAUGACGCUCUCAAGACUGUCACAGAAUAUGAACACACCGCCGUGAGCUCCUGGAACUCCGCAAUCAUCAACACCGUCCUGAAAGCCCUCAUCGCCGCAACCACCCCCUCGGACUCCACCAAGCCGGCCCCCUACCGCUUUACUGUGAACAGCACAAUCGUGCAACAAGGCAUGAUCGACAAGAGCGCCGCUGCGCAAGGUGCACAGAGUAACGCUGGAAAGCGCGGGAUGCACUCCGCGUCCGGCGCAUUCUGGGACGUCAACCGCGAUGGCAUGUGGACGUUCAAGUACCCCGGUGCUGAGGAGCGGGGUUUGGAUGUUGUUGUUAGUGUGACGUGGUUUGCUAUGACUUAG